AUGGACCUUGCCGGCCUUGUGCGAGAGCGCCGGGCCGCCUUGGACAUGGAGAAGACCUUGCCCUCCUUCCUGGCCGAGUCGUGGAGCCGCCGCUGCUUCAACUGCUUGGCGGCGCACCCCCUCCUCGAAGUGCUCCAGGUCGACGUGCAUCUCUCCGCGGCCAGGCGUGCCAAGAUCAGCAUGGAUGGGCUCUUGGGCUCCCUGGCCUUCGCCGCCUUGUUCUUUUCCGUCGAUGGCUCAGCAGUGGCGAGCCGCAACCCGUCCGACUGCGCCAUUGAGCAGGGCUCUCUCACAUGGUAUCUCUUCGCGUCAGUGCUUGCGAUGCUGAUGAACUCCGUUCCCUGCAUCUUGGUGCAUCGUUUGGCUCGCCGGGACUUCGUCCAACGAAGACAGAACUGGCGCUUGCAACUGGCCCGCCGGUGGCUUGGGAGUCUCUGCUUCUGGUCCUUCGGCUUGGGGCUCUCCACCCUGCACCUCCUGAUCAUCGCGGCCUUCUUGGCGAAUAUGGGCGAGGAGCACCAUUGGGUCUGGAUGUUUUCGUUCACGGUCGUCAUCUUUCGCAAGUUGGUGAUCGUCCCGUUGCUGGCCUGUGCGUUCAGCCUGGGCCCCGACCUACUCUGCGGCGGCUGCACGACCUCUUCGUCCACGGCGGCUCCAAAGAAGUUCGGCCUCGAGACUUCCGAGCCCCCUGAACCCUCAGAAAUGGCGGAGGCAGGGAGCUGGCACGCGAAGGUGGCCGAGCUGGCCGGGCGCGGCAUUCGCGUCCGGCAGCUCCUGGACUUCUACGCGCGCCUCGGGGAGGACGUGAUGACACACUUCGACCCCGCGAAGUCCACCACGCACGACGUGGUGCGCCAGGCCAUCAUCCCGCUGUCCAUGGAGCUCAGGGACCUCCGCACGUUCCGCGUGACGCUGCACGAGGUCUUCGGGGUCGAUGGCGGACCUUGCAAGAUCACCGUGGGGGGCGGUGUGCCAAAGAGUCCAAAGCCCUGGAGUUCCGGCGAUGGCAUGCUGGCACCAGCCCAAAGCCUGCUCGUUGAAGAGGUCGGCCGGGAGGAGCAUCUUCAUCUCUGCCUUCUCCCGGGCAGCUUGCAGCUGGAGGCUAAGAUCCACGGCUCGACUUUCUGGACCGGCUUUUGUGGCGAGGUGGCGGUCGGACCAGAGGGUACAAACCGUGCCGCCCUGCGACUCUCGAUUCAUCCCUGGGCAGAGGAUGCGAGCUUCUCUUCAGAUGCAGAAGUCCUCGACAUCGACAUCGAGGCGUCCCCGGCACGCUGCAACCAACGCCAGCACAAGGUUCUGUCGGCCUCGCGCGGGAUCCUCGCCGACCCCCUCGAGUUGCCAAUCGAGGUGGGGAGCCCCCUUGGGCCCAAUCCAGGCGCCAGGGAGGAGGAGGACCUACUCACUGGGUUUUCUUAUGCGACAGUCGUGAACAGCAACAAGCCGCUGCUGGCCGCAAAGAUGGUCACGCACAACUGGGGCAACAGGUUCGUCUUCUUGUUGGCCGCCAUUUUCUCCGAUGCCCUCGGGCUGGAGACUUACGACGGGGUCGCCGAGCUCCUUGAGCGAAAAUGGCUUGCCGAGCUUUACGAGAGGCUGCGAAAAGCAGGCAAACUUAGCGAUGCGUACUGGGUCUGUGCCUUCUCCGUGAAUCAGCACGCUGGAAUUUGCGCUACGCCACCUGCGACGGACAGCACCGGCUUUGCGAUCGCCCCCUGCCGCUGCAGCACGCCCAAGCACUUCACGGGAGACCAGAGUGAGAUGAACAAGUUCGAUGACAUGAUGGCCUUCCUAAAGCAACGGCAUCGCCAGAAUGCCGCACGCCACGGAAGCGAGAUUCGACUGAAGCAGGUCGUUGCCAUGGAUAUCGACUUCUCAUUGCUGUCCCGCGUAUGGUGUGUGGCCGAGCUAGUAGAGGCAGACAGCCUUCAUCUGAUGCAAGCAGUGAAGCUCCACUCGGCUGCUUCGCAGAGCAGAUGCCUUGACAAGAUCGUGCACCUGGACGUUGCGGAGGCAAAUGCUUCCUUCCCAGCCGACAAGGAUCUAGUCCUCAGCAAGAUCGAGGAUAUCCCCGCCUUCAAUCACGGUCUUCAGAACCUGCUGCUUCACCGCCUCGAGCCCUUUCUCGGCCGCAACUCCAUGGUUGCAGCGAACUGCCUGGAUGACACCGUCCUCGGUGUUCUGACCGUCAUGAUUUGA